AGCAUCGUCAACUGUAUUUUUUCAUUACACCUGUCAGUUCGUGGUGUAUGUUCACUGUUUCUUAUCAAACGGUAUUGACAUCAGUAGAUAUAAACAACAAACAGAAAAUAGACAGAAUGAUGUGAAUGAAGAGAAGACUCUUUAAUAUUCAACCGUCGUGAUUAAAUUUCUCGGAGAUAAAUUAAUUUCACGUAUACUUUGUCUUUCCUUCUCGUGUCGAUGUUGACUUAAAAGUAUACGAUUUCCAACAUUUAUCAGAUCCUCAUCAGGCAGAGCAAAUGGUAUGAAUACUUAUCAUCAGCACAUCUCUGUGCACGUUCGCUUAUCGCUGACUGCUGAAAGCAAGCUGAUAACAUUGAAAGGAAGGGGUAUCAUAUCUAUAGAAGGAUAGGUUGCCUGUUCACCGCCUACACAUCAAUGAACAACUGAAUCCAUAGCAAACUCGGAUUUAUUUACUGCUGCUAAACAACUAGUGGAAAGCGAAAUUGAGCUGAUAAAGGUAAUCGAAAAUUCCAGCAAGUGCCAAACAACUGUUAUGAACAUGUACACAGCAGCAAAGAAAACAAAAAAGCCUGGAAAAUCAAAAAAUGGGCGUCCAUCAGCUGCAUUAUUGGCUGCCAAGCGAGAGGCAGCGCAGCGACAGUUACUGGAGAAAAAACCCAGCAACAGCUUUGUACGCGAUAUAUACCAGAGAACAAUUGACGCAUACAAAACAAUACGAAAGGACACCGGUCUUGUGUUUGACCGAAGCAUGGCAGAGCAUGAAUGUCUCUGGGAUACGAAUUAUCCCGAGUGCCCAGCCAGAUUUAUGCGGGUUUUGCAGAGGUGCGAGGAACUGGACUUGGUGCAGCGAUGCAAACUCAUCGAAUCAAGACUGGCAACAGAGAGCGAGAUACUGAUGAAACAUAACCAGAAGCAAAUCGAUAUUCUGAAAGCGACGGAUGGCUGCACAGAUUCUGAGAAUUUGGAAUUGCUGUCUUCUAAAUACGAUUGCGUCUUUGUUCACCCGUCUACGUACAGAUUGUCUUUAUUAGCUGCAGGCUCGACGAUCAAUUUGGUAGAAAGUAUCUGUAAAGACGAGGUGCAAAAUGGCAUGGCUAUAGUCAGACCACCAGGUCAUCAUGCAAUGAAAUCAGAAUUUUGUGGUUACUGCUUCUUCAACAACGUAGCUCUUGCAGCGGAGAAAGCUCUGAGCUCCAAUUUGGCGAGUAGGAUUUUAAUUGUCGAUUGGGACGUUCACCAUGGACAGGCGACGCAACAAAUGUUCUAUAACGAUCCACGUGUAGUCUAUUUUUCAAUACAUCGUUAUGAAUACGGCGAAUUUUGGCCAAAUUUGAAAGAAUCUGACUUUCAUUACAUUGGAGAAGACCUUGGAGAAGGAUAUAAUUUCAAUAUACCUCUGAAUAAAACUGGCAUGACGAAUGCUGAUUACAUCGCAAUUUUCCAACAAGUUUUGUUGCCAAUGGCUUAUGAGUUUCAACCGGAUCUGGUGAUAGUGUCAGCUGGUUACGAUGCAGCUCUGGGUUGUCCAGAGGGUGAGAUGUUGAUAACUCCGGCAUGUUAUACACACUUGCUAUCAUCAUUGUUAAGCUUGGCAGCCGGGAAAGUUGCUGUAAUUUUAGAGGGUGGUUAUUGCUUGAAGUCUUUAGCGGAAAGCGCAGCAUUAACUUUAAGAACUCUAUUGCGUGAUCCAUGUCCUGUUCUGCAAGUACUUGAUUUGCCAUCAUCAAGUAUACGUGAGACUAUUUUAAAUGUAAUCUACGCGCAUAAACCUUACUGGAAAUGUUAUCAAUACCAAGAUACGUACAAUAUUAACAGCGUAACGCACAACAAGGAGGAGAUGGCCAAUCGACAUAUAGUUAUGGUUACGUACAAGGGCAGCGAAGUUAAACCAGAAAAGUAUGAAACUCGGAAUUGUUACCCUAUACAGAGCAAGGAAGUUUUGGAUACUACGGAGAAAAAAUUGGACAAAUUAAUACAAUUUACAAACUUGUAUAAAGCGCCUCAUAAAGUGUGCAUCGUGUAUGACGAAAGGAUGCAGAAGCAUUGUGACUUUUCUGACAAUACUCAUCCAGAGAAGCCGUCUCGGAUCUCCAGCAUUUAUAAGAAUCAUGAAGAGUAUGGCUUGCUAGAACGAUGCCACUUGUUACAAGGAAGGAGUGCAACGAUAGAAGAAUUAUCGUUAGUACAUUCAAAGGAAUAUAUCGAGGCCAUGAAGACGACGUCAACAUUAAAACUCAAGGAAUUACAAAAGCUAGCUUCGGAAUACAAUUCUGUUUAUUUUCAUCCGGAAACGUGGUCAAGUGCUUGCCUGUCCGCUGGCUCCCUUCUGCAAGUAUUGGAUGACGUUCUGAACAGGAGGAGCCAAUCCGGAGUGGCGAUUGUGAGACCCCCAGGACACCACGCUGGAGAUAACACCGCGUGCGGCUUUUGUAUCUUUAAUAACGUGGCUGUGGCUGCGGCAUGUGCUGUACAGUUUUAUCAUUUAAAAAGAGUGUUAAUAGUAGAUUGGGAUGUGCAUCAUGGAAACGGGACGCAAUAUAUCUUCGAAGAGGAUCCGAGAGUCCUUUAUAUCUCUGUUCAUCGUUACGAUAAUGGAAGCUUCUUUCCGAAUUCCAAGGCAGCUAAUUAUACAAGUGUCGGCUUGAAGGCGGGCGAGGGAUUCAGUGUAAACGUACCGUGGAAUAAGAAGGGAAUGGGAGACGCCGAGUACAUAGCAGCGUUCCAACAGGUUGUGAUGCCUAUAGCUUAUCAGUUUAAUCCGGAAUUAGUUCUGGUUUCCGCUGGAUUCGAUGCUUGUGUAGGCGAUCCACUUGGCGGUUGUCACGUAAGUCCAGAAAUGUACGGCCAUUUAACUCACUGGCUCUCAUCCCUGGCCAAUGGUCGUAUAAUUCUCAGUCUCGAGGGGGGCUACAACAUCAACUCGAUCUCGCAUGCAAUGACAAUGUGUACCAAGGCUCUCCUGGGCGAUCCUAUGCCCAUGCUGGACCCUGGUUUGAUCCCUUGCCCCAGUGCGGUCAAUUCUAUCAACAAUGUGCUGAAGACGCAAAAGAAAUUCUGGCCUAAUCUGCAAUACGGAAUGUCAUUGCCGAAAGAAAAGCUGCUUCCUAAAGUGAGAACGGCACCUGAUAAACUUGAGGAAGAAAGAAACGCGGAGAAACCGAAGCGUACGGAAUCGAAGAUCGCCUUGGAAGGACUCGAAAGUGAGAAACUAGAAUUGAAUUUGAUAGACAAGAAUCAUCUGAGUCAAGUGACAGACGAAGAGAUCUUGAAGCUAACGAACGAGAUAGAAAAUAUCAAGAUUAAGAAUUCCAAGUUGGAUACAGUGAAAAGUGAGGCAGACGAGAGGAAGAAUCCUGGAUCGAAGAGCGAGAUGAAAAGCUCAGAUGUUUCGCAAAAUAUACAGAAAUGCGUAAACGAGACGAAUCAGUCGAGGAACACCCAGCAAGCAAACUCCAGUAUCCGCGAAGACCGUGACGACGAGGAUGCGGCAUCUCUUCAGCGUGAGACGCAAUCGGCGAAUCUUCUAGAGUAUCUCUCUGAAAAUCUACAGGCUCUGACAGCGGGAGAAAUGUUUGCUGUGGUGCCUUUGCGUGACUGUCCACACUUGUUCACGGUAAACGAGGUUCCUCCGAGUGGAAUUGAUGUGACUUCACCCUGCGUGGAGUGCGGCAGCACCGCGGAAAACUGGAUCUGUCUGCAGUGUUACACUGUGCACUGUGCUCGCAGCAUAAAUCAGCACGCGAUGCAACACGCAACGGAGUUUGAACAUCCUAUCACGCUCAGCUUUAGUGAUAUUUCCGUCUGGUGCUACGGUUGUGAGGCCUACAUUGAUAAUCCUCGAUUAUAUGCGGCAAGGAACGCAGCUCAUCAGAGCAAAUUCAAUGAAGAACUUCCCUGGACUUAUAACGAGAUUACAAACACGCCUUAAUUAAUCUAAAAGAAUUAAAAGGCAUAUCUUUUUUAUUCUUUAGAUACCGCGAGAUCAAAUAAAAAGUUAAAGGUGGAGAAUGAUUACUAAAUAAUAUAAUACCACAUUAAUAAAUAACACAAAAUGCUAUUGUACAAAUAAUUCAAGUUAUUAUAGCUCAAUUAUAAAUAUUUUUGAGAUUUUAAUUUUUUGUUAAAUUAGAAUUUUAAAAGCAUGGCUUGAUCUUGAUAAUUUUUACUUAAAAAUUGGGAUUAAAUACGUGACGUAUUGAAUCUGCAAUUGCAAUAUGUAAUGUUGCAUGUGGGAAAACGAUUCUUCAAAAAUUCAAAAAAUACUAGUUUAAAAAUGAAAAACAAAAAAACAUGAUCCAGCGUAAACUAGAUUGCUGAAAAAUCAAACUAUAAAAAUGUACUGAGAUAAUUUGUUAUAUUUAACUUGGUUAGAAAAUAUUAACUGUACUAAACUAAAAAUAUCUUUUAUUGAUUGUAGAACAAUGUAUGGUGUUCCGAAAAAAUUCAGCAGCUCACUUAAUUAAUUAGUAAGAAACGAGAAGUUUCUCUUUAUUUCUUCCAUAAUUAAUUUCUUACUUAAUUUAUUAAAUAAUACUCUUUACUGAAAUUUUUCAGGUGCACCGUGUGAACUAUAUUUUUCUAUAUAAAAUAAAUAGAUUAAAAAUAAUAAACCUCUUAAACAAUAAUUAUAUUAGGAAAGAAUUAUAUUUUCCUCAUAUAAAUUUCCAUUUUAUUGUAUGAUGUUAAAUUAUAUUAUCAUAGUGCAAUAGUAUUUCUGACAUAUUACGUAUGUAUACAGGUUGUUCUCGUAAAUGUUAAUUAUUAUAAAUUAAUAAUCUAUUAUAAUCUUUUAUAAAUUAAUAAUACCUUUCACGUAAUCGCUUUUAAAGUAAAAGUACAUAUAAAAUAUCUUUCAUUAAAAUUCUAAUAAGAUAUAUUAAAAGAUAUAUAACUUAUUCUUGCUUAUAUAUGUAUAUUUAUACUUUUAAAGUAUAAUAAAAAAUAAAAUUCAUUCUUUAUCAAAUUAAAAAUUAACUAACUAAAGUUGCCUAUUUUCAAGAACAACCUGCUGUACCAAUUAUAACACCGAAUAUAUAAAAAUUAAUAAUUUCUAUUUUAAAGUAAUCAAAUUUUUGUCAUCUCUUUAGAUUAUUCUGGAGCAAUUCGCCUUUUGUAUUAACAGAAGAGAGAAAAAUGAAUAUUUAUACGUAUAAGCUUUAAUAAAAUAAAUCGUAUUUACAAGUACUACCUCUUACCAAAAA